UGUGGUAACUGGUAUGGGUUUAAAUACUCUGCUUGUAAUUCAGUUUUUCUCUUGAAUUGAAAUCGUCUGACAGUGAAUCCUCACAUAUAGACAGAAAGAAGAUUCACGAGAAAUGUGCCCGCGGUGAAAGAUUAUCUCACCGUCAGAGCUUAAUAGCUCCGUUUACACGAUCUUACGUCUGCAUUUCAUCAGAGAGACGUGAUUCUGGAGAAUGUAGGAUUCGAGGAGUUGCACUUUCUGUACGGCACAAUGGUGCUGACAGAGAACGUAAGGCUUGACUUACCAAGUCUAAAUUUAUUGAAGCCCCAAGCAAGAGCCUGAAGAGCUGCUGGCUGGAAAGAAAAUUGCAUAUCCCUUCCCUCCCCCAUUAACUUUUACCUAAGCUACAUUCUUUCACCGUGACCCUUUCUGGAAAGCAUUCACUCUGUCUUUCCAAGAUCCCUCCUGACCUUUUUCCCCCUUCUGUUUUACCAAUUUUUGCCGGUCUCAUUCUGCUUUUUAUAACCACAAACCGCAUUCUCCCCUAACUAUAAGUCAUGAGAAAACAAACAUGCAACAUUCUCCUGGUCUGCGGAGUCAUCAGCUCCAUCACAGUAUUUUAUCUUGGCCUCAGCACGAUAGAUUGUCCAAAUGCCCGUUCUCGCGCGGCACAGCAUGGGUGGGCAGUAAACCUACACGCUGGCAGAAACCUCAGUGACCCGUUACAACUCCCUGAGGAGUACAAUGAGGAAACCCCUCUUAUUUUCAUUGGUGGAGUCCCUCGGAGUGGCACCACACUAAUGCGUGCUAUGUUGGACGCCCACCCUCUUGUUCGGUGCGGAGAGGAGACCCGGGUCAUCCCCCGGCUGUUAGCCAUGCAGGCCACCUGGAGUCACUCGGCACGUGAGCGGCUCCGUCUCAACGAGGCUGGCGUCACCGAUGAGGUCCUGGACUCCGCUGUACGUGCCUUCCUGUUGGAGAUCAUAGUGGGACACGGCGAGCCCGCUCCGAGGCUCUGCAAUAAGGACCCCUUUGCUCUGAAGUCCCUCUCCUACCUCUCCAAGCUCUUCCCAAAAGCGAAGUUUAUUCUUAUGCUUCGCGAUGGCAGGGCCACUGUACACUCUAUGAUUUCCCGCAAGGUGACUAUCACUGGAUUUGACUUGACGAGUUACCGGGACUGUUUGGUGAAGUGGAACCGGGCAGUGGAGGUGAUGUAUGACCAGUGCCUGGCUGCAGCUGAUGGCAACUGUCUGCCCUUGCACUACGAGCAGCUGGUGCUGAACCCUGAGCGGGUGAUGCACAAGCUCCUUCAGUUCCUGGAUCUGCCGUGGGACACCGCUGUGCUGCACCACGAACAGCUUAUUGGGAAAGCUGGAGGAGUUUCACUGUCAAAAGUGGAACUGUCAUCUGAUCAAGUCGUCAAGCCAGUGAAUACGGAUGCUCUGUUUAAAUGGGUGGGCAAGAUCCCUGCUGAUGUGGUGAAUGAAAUGGCCAGCCUUGCCCCGAUGUUAAGCCGUUUAGGUUAUGACCCCCUGGCCAACCCGCCAAAUUACAACAAGCCUGAUCUCUUAUUUCUGAACAACACAAAGUCAAUUGUGAAGUCAAUCCAAAAUUAAAAGGUCCUCUG